UUUGGCUUGGCGAAGAUAUUUUUUGAGCUCAACGAAGAAGUCAAUCAGCUGGUGCACGUCGACGCUCAAGACCAUUUGGGCCGGACAGCAUUACACUAUGUUCUAACCGAUGACUGUGAAACAAAGAUUGUUCGAGUGCUAAUUAAAAAUGGCGUAAUCCGAAUUUACCUGACGUGGAGGGAUUAACUCCUUUACAUAUGAUUUGUCAAAGAAAGUACGAUGAUGACUUGAAUGAGCUAUUCUUCCUGCUAAACGAUCGCAAGGAUCAAACAGUGCAGGUCAAUGCUCGAGACAAAUUAGGUCGGACACCGCUACACUUGGCUCUGAUCCGAAACCACGAGAAACUGGCCGAAUCGCUGCUGAUAAGAGACGCAGAUCCAAAUGUUGCCGAUGAAGAGGGAUUGACUCCUCUGCACAUUAUGAGUAAGGAUAAGCGCUUGUUCAACUUCGCAACAUUAUUCUUCGAGAUCAUGGACGAAAAUUUUAAGCAAGUACAGGUCGACGCCCAAGACAAGUUAGGUAACACUCCGUGUCACUUGGCUCUGUCCUGUGACAACACAAACUUUGCCAGAUGGUUGAUCGAAAGUGUCAAACCAAAUUUAGCUAAUCUGGAGGGGUUAACUCUUCUACACUUAAUGUGCAAGAGAAAUUACAAUCGCGACAUGGUAAAUCGAUUUUUCAAGAGCAACGACUACAGAAAUCAGCCGGUAGAGAUCAAUGCCCGAGACAACUUGGGCUGGACACCGCUUCAUUGGGCGGUGGCAAAUCUUUUGCCGUCUGCAGUUGAUACACUCUUGUAUCAUGGUGCCGAUCUCUCUAGCUUCAUUUUUCCCACUAUGGCUCACACCGGCGAGGAUUUUGCACGAUCGUUGUUUAACGCUCUGGACAUAGUCAAUAUACUUGAGGAAGGAGGAUACGGAUUGGAACGACGUGACGCCCGAACAAUCAUGCCAUUUUUCGCCAAGUUCGCAUAUUUCGAGAUGUCGGCAGAUCUUGACAAAUGUUUGCGUACCGACAGAUGUACCCCGGUUCAAAUGAAAGAUAUUAUAAUGAUAAAUAAGAAUCUCAAUUACGACCUGUCGCUCUUGGACUUGAUCCGUUUAGAUCCCAAUGAGGCAGCGAAAAAAAUCACAUGUCCGGAUCACGUGCCGUUCAAGAAAAUGCAACGUUUUCGCAGAUGGGUACUAGAUUCUUUCUUGGAGUUGACAUCGUACCAACUGCCGAUUCUCUGCUGUGAUUUGAUCAUCGAGCAGCUGAUGAACGAUGAUUUGUGGCGCAUUUACUUGGCGACAAGAGGCCAACGCUCGCAAUGA